GUAUGAAAAUACUGCGGUGCCUUGAUACAUGUCAAAUUGAAACUAAAUACCUCAAUAACAAAACAUUUAGAUAUGGUCACUGGCAUUGUUUUGCCUGUUCAAAUGCCAUUGAAAAGCGCCCAGAUUGUUUUAUACAUUACAAGAGACAUUUGAAUGAAUUUGGCUCCAGUUUUCAAGUUCAUAUAGCACAGGAUGUAAAUUCAUUAACUUCAAGCACAUCAACUAUCUAUGAAAUUCAAAACACUCUCCAUGGUAUAGAAAUGCGUGUAUCUGCUGUAAAUAAUACACAGGAUUUUCAUAGUAUUGGAAUACAUACCCCACUGCCUGGGAACAGUCUAAGCCCUUCAAAAUAUGUUGGUGGACAUAGUCCUUCCAAGAGACCAUACACUGAUACAGGACUUGGUGUACAUGAUGAUGUUUUAUAUGUGGAGGAAGAUGAACAGGGAAAUGUGCUGUCCACUUAUACAUCUGAGCAAAUUCCCACAGCUGGACAGGAAAAUGUUGUGGUAUCAUAUCCUGAGUACCCUGAUGUCAGCCUAUUGAAAACAAGGAUUCGAGAAGUUGAAAUGAAAAAUAAAAAGUUGGAAAGGAAGAAUUGUCUUCAGAAUUCAUAUAUUGAUUUCCUUGAAGAAACUAUAUCAGAGCAGAAGGAGAAGCAUAGCAAAGAAGUGGAGAAACUGAAGGCGAAAAUUUCAGAGUUAAAAAGAGAAGCCUGCAUUUAUGAUGAUACCUCAGAAUCACCAAUCACUGAAGGGAAUAAUUCCAACAAUUCUCAUGCAUCAUUAGGUGAAUUUGCUGCUAGUGCAAUACCAAAGAAAUUCUUUACAAAGAAAAAUGUUUCCGAAUCAGAUAAAAAAUCAUCAGUAGACAACCCUGUUGCUAUGGAUAUAGUUGUUGAUCAGCUAAGUGAACUAAAAAAGGAAGUAGCAGGUUUGCGGAACAGUCUCCACAGCAAUAUUACACCGAAUAUCAACCUUGGAGCAAACAUUGUAGGACAGAGUACACCUCCUGUAUAUUUCAUUCCCAAUCAAGGAUUGACAACUCCAUACAUCUUUCCACAAAAUAUGACUGGUUUACCUAACACAAAUCUUGUUACUGCUCAGAAUGUGCCAUUGAUUCAUAACACAACUGCUUUAAAUACUCAACAACAGAAAAUGAUAAGUUCUGUUCAAUCUGAUGCAGCAUUGCCAAAUACUGACACAGUAAAUACAAAUACUGACACAGUAAAUACAAAUACUGAAACUGUAAAUACAAAUACUGACACAUUAAAUACAAUGGAACAGCCUGAAUCAGCAACAAGCACAGAUGAUACCGACAUUUCUAUUGAUGAAUCGUGUAUCCAGACUAAAACUAUGAAUUGUGAUGAUGUAUCAAAACUGGCUUCAAAGGGGGAACAGUCGACAAUUAAAUCAAAAGUUGUGCAUGAUAAAAUAUUCCCAAUGAAAGCAGAUGGUACUACUAUUGAUGAUGAAGAAAUCAUCAGAGAAGAUGAUGUACAAUCUGAAAUUACCAGUCCAGAUGCCUCUCCUCAAAAAGUUAAUUCAAAUGCGACGGUUUCUGAGUCGGUGAAUAGCAUGUCUGGUCUGUCAAAUGAGGACUCUGAAAACGAGGAUAAAUAUUAUGCAACACCUUUAAGAAUUGAGAAAUCAACUGUCUCAAAGAAUGUUGAGACCAUUUCAGUCCCAAGUGAAAAAUUAAACACCGUGACACAAAGUACUGUUGAAGCAGUUUCAUCAAGUAGUGGGACCUCUGUACAUAACAGUUCUACUGGUGUUGUAAAUACAAACAAUAAAACAACAGGUACUGUUAUAAGUGGGACUAAGAAUGUUCCAUCUAUGUUUCCAGCCAAUAUUGGCAUACAGAGCACAGCAACAAAUCCAGUGAUGAUGAUACCAAACCAAAAUUUAAUGAACCAGUUCAUAACUCCUCAAAAUAUGCCAACUAUGGUAAAUCCAUUAGGGAUGAAUGCUUCAGAUCAGUUUGUAGUAGUGCAAAGUCAAGCCGGUUCUUUUUUAGUUCCAAAGAGCAGAAUUUCAGGAUUGGAUAAAAUUCCAGGCAUGAACUCUUCAGGAAAUACAGUGCCAACAAGUAAAAAUGUUAAAAAGAAUACUACACAGAUACGCCAAUCAAAUAAGAGUUUAGAUGAUUCUGUCACAUCAAAUAAUGUUGACAAGGUAGAUAAAGGAAAAAGCAAAGAUAAUGUUUCAGCAAAGUCAACUCAGAGAAUAGUGAAAGCUAAAGUAACUUUGAGUGACCAUCAAUUUCCAGCUUGUACAUAUUAUGGGAAUACGAAAAAGCUAAAUACUAAAUAUAUAAGCACACCAAUGCCUAAGAAAAGGGCAAAUGAAACUGAACCAGCAAGAAAAGAACAGCAAGGGGAAUCCAUAGUGAAUACAGGCAAUACAAAUGUAACAAUCUCAAAAGAACACAGUAACAAAGGAUUAAUAUCUGAACAGUCAGUGUCAGUUAGUGAUGAAUCCAGCAAGAUAGGAGAGUCAGAUGAUGAAACAGCAGUUCCUGCAAAGAAAAGUAAAGUAUUAGUGUUGAAAGUAAAUAAAGAAAUUAACAAACAAUCUUUGAACAAACUACUCCAAAAAACCAAAGUAUUGUACAAAAAUGUUAAAGUCAUUGGAACGAAUAAGUAGUUUUUUAGAUGUAAAUUGGGAUAAUGUCUUAACAAGUAAAGUCUUAUUCAGGGUAUUGAAUUUUAGAUUUUAAUGCAAAUAUUGUUUACUCUUUCCAGCUUAUAUCCUAGAUCAAGUUAUAGCACAACAAUAGACAUAUACCAAUUCGUAAAAGAGAAAACUAUUUUAGAUAAUAUGUAUUAGUUUUGUUUUGUUUUUUUUUUCUCAAAAGAAAAUAAAAAAAGUGCUUGUCCGGAAAACUCUUGAAACUACAGGUGCAAUCUCAUCCAAUCCGUACAGGAAUGAUCAGUACCAAGUCUAGUUCUGCAUAUCGUAGGCAUUUUGAAUGAAUUUCGGCAGAGUUAUUGCCAUUUGAUGAUUUUUAUUUUUAAAGUUUGUCUGGACUACACCUCUAUACCACUUAAGCAAUUUCAGUGAAACUUUACAGAAAUUAAUCUAUAGCUUAAGUACAUGAGCAUAUUACACGGUUCUAUGGUUGAAUGAUUUUACGCUGAGUUAUGGCCCUUGAAUAAAAAAGGUGGUAAUAAAGUAUGUACAGAUUAUUCCUCUUGUACUGCGAAUGCAUGAAUGUACUAUUAUCUAUCUAUGAAUGACCAAGAAUCUUGUUAUUUUGAAAAAAAAAAUAGAGGUAUUGUUAUAGUCCUGCCGGUGGCUCUUGUUACAAAAGGUACUGAACUGUAGAACAAAAAGUGUAUGAAAAAUUCUAAUAAUUAUUUGAACUAUUACAUCUGCAAUUUCAGUUAACCAAAGUCAUAGAUAGUUGAUAUCUUUCUGACAUUAAGGCUGUUGUUUUUGUGAUGAAAUAUUAACUUUUGAAAUGGCACCUUUUGACUUUUGGGCAACCAAUUUUUUUUUAUCUGCUAAAAGUGUUUCUUAUUAUUAUACAUAUAUACUAGUUGAUUUACAUAAUUAAUAAAUUACUUUGUUAAUUUGAACUUAAAUUUAAUUUUAAAAAUGUAUGUUUGUUUUUAAAAUUACAUGAUUUUUAACGUAGAAUCAUAAUGGGGUUAUCUUAUUAUUAAUGUUAACAUGAAAGCUUUGUUUAAUGGUUAAAUAUGUGUAACUUCAUAUUUAAUUACUCUAUAAACUUGUUCAUUUGAAACUUCACACUUUAAAAACCAUUACUUUAGCACAGUUAUUUUAUCUAUUAAAGCCGUAUGUGAAAUUCUAAGUUUUGCAUGCAAGGUCAAAUUCAACAAAUAUUGGAGCUGUUAAAACUUCACAUUAGUCUAUUUUAUCAUAAUUGUUGAUCUCUGUUUAACACCCAUACCUCUUACAUAGAUUUUGAACUACACACAAAAUUUAUUUUGUACUUGUGCAUGCAAGAAUUGAAGAUUUCUCUACACAAAUAGAGUAGGAAAUAGUAUUAACUUGAAAUGCCAGACAUGUUUUACAGAUCAUAAGUAUAGGUCACUCUCCAGGACACAUAACUCUUGCAUACAUUCAGACUAAAUUAUAGCCCUUUGUUAAAAAAAAUACUGGUUAAUGUCAAGCUUAUAAAACUAUCAAUGCAACAGCUGAUGGUGUUCACUUGAAACUUCAAACAUAUGUUUGGGUCAUUUUCAAAACAUGCCACCUGAUGUUCACUUGAAACCUCAAACAUAUGUUUGGGUCAUUUUCAAAACAUGCCACCUGAUGGUGUUCACUUGAAACCUCAAACAUAUGUUUGGGUCAUUUUCAAAACAUGCCACCUUUGUAUUUUAUGUUGACUGAAUUAUUUCCCUUUAUUUUUAACUUGCUAUAACUUUACUAUAAAGUACAGACAAUAGAAAAUCCUCUUCCUACUUACUUAUGAGUCCUUGUGUAUUUACUACCAGUACAUGAUAAACAUAUUUCAAAUUUUCAGUUUUUUAGAAUGCCAAUGCAACCUCUGCAGGGCAACUCCCUCCAGGAGAUAAUAAUUUUGGUUAUUUUUGAAGAGAGGUUAAUAUUGUUGGGAAAAAUUGAUACCAGGUUGUUGUAAAGAGGUUAUUGCUCUUUCUGCAGAGGUUACACUGUAUUUAACACACACAGCAACAGAUAAACUCUUUUUUGCUUGAGAUUGUUUUAUUUUUGGCAAUUUCUGUACAACGAUUUAUACAUUUUGUAAUGCAUGUAAUUACUUCUGUUACAAACUGAGUUAUGCUUGUUUUGAUAUUUUACAGUUUGUUAGAAGAAAUGUGUUUGUGAAACGGUCAUAUUAAAAUAUGCUUGUGCUAAUGUAAGAAAAUAUAUGGAAUAUUUCUGAGAAAA